GAGCAAAGGGAAAAAAAUGUUCAUGAAUUAGGGGCACGGGCACAACAUGUAAUUUACAAUCUUUCCAGCUCAUUUUGGCCCCCCUCCACCGUCCAAGGCCAACCCAGAGUUCGCCGGUGUCAACAGAUUCAUACCCACUCGACAAGGAUUAGUAUCACUUGUUCAUCCUGCGAAUCAGCUCUAAGAAUGGCGAUUCAGAGAUUUGGACUAAGCCCUCUGCUCCUACUGCUUCAGUUGUUGUUUCUUGUUUGGUGGUCUGAGUCGAGCAGUGAUACGAACUCGGUAUACUCACCCUGUUCGGACGCCAAGGUUCAGAGAUCAGAUGGGUUCACUUUCAGCAUCGCAUUUGCCUCGAGAAACAAUUUCUUCUUCAACAAUUCCCUCCAGCUUUCGCCCUGCGACCGACGCUUGUCCCUGUCAUCCUCCAACUCUCAAGUCGCUGUCUUUCGCCCUAAAGUCGAUGAGAUCUCCCUCCUAUCCAUCAACACCUCUAACUUCUUCCCGGAUUCUUAUGGAGGAUAUAUGGUGGCAUUUGCUGGUAGGAAAUAUGCUGCAAGAUCUCUUCCUGCUUUUGUUGCCAACGGCUCCUACAUCGUGACCAGCUUUACUCUUGCGUUGGAAUUUAAGAAGGGUAGGCUGCAAAACUUAUACUGGAAGAGAGAUGGCUGCACUUCAUGUUCAGGCAACUCUAAUUUUGUUUGCCUUAAUAAUCAAGAUUGUGCAAUCAGAACUAAUAGCUGUAAGAACAGAGGGGGCAAUGUUGAUUGCAGCCUGGGCAUACAACUUGCAUUUUCUGGCACUGAUAAGCAUGAUGCGGUAUUUAACUCGUGGUAUGAAGUGAAAAACCUUCGUCAGUACUCCCUCUAUGGCCUUUAUUCCAAUCUCAGGGAUUCACUUACUAAUCAAUACGACAAGUUUUUCUAGUUCAGUUUCUGGCAACCUGUAGGUGUAUCUUGUUUGUAAUUUUUGCCUGUUUCAUUAUGGUUUUCGAUUAUCUACUUAUGGUUGUUAUCCACUUGGAUCAGAGAAGUUAUUGGUCAUCCUGCAAAAUUUAAUAUUAUUUACUUUGUCAAGUUGUGAUCGUGAAUAGAAGUUUUCAAUUUGUUUUUGUUUCUUUA